AUGAAUAUCAAUGUCCUAGGUGCCCUUAACGUCCUCAAGUUUGCUAAAAGAUGUGAAAAUGUGAACAUUAUUGCUCAUGUAUCCACUGCAUAUGUUUGUGGAGAAGGGGAAGGAGUAAUACCAGAGAAAUCAUUCAGUUUGGGUGAGACACUCAACAAAGACACAAAAUUAGACAUUGAUGUGGAGAGGAAAGUGAUAGAGGACAAACUCAAGGAAAUUGAAGCUCAAAACUUGACAACAAAGGAAGUAACAAUGGCCAUGAGAGAUCUAGGCAUUCAAAGGGCAACUAUGCAUGGAUGGCCAAACACAUAUUCCUUCACAAAAGCAAUGGGAGAGAUGCUUUUAGGUCACUAUAAGGAGAAUAUACAACUUGCUAUAAUACGUCCAACAAUUAUCACUAGCACUUAUAAAGAGCCAUUUCCAGGAUGGAUUGAAGGAGUGAAAUUCCAGGAGAUACGGUGGUGAAUGCAAUCGUUGCAGCAAUUAUAGCACAUAUUGGAAAUCAAUAUAAUUCUUCUCAAGGAUUUAUAUAUCACAUCAGUUCUUCUAGAAGAAAUCCCCUAAAAUCUUCAGAUAUUCGAUUGUUCUUGUUUAAUUACUUCACCAAAAAUCCAUGGAUCAA